CUUAUAGGUGAAAACGAUCGAUGAGAUGAGGGAAAGGCUGAGGAUGCGUGGUCUCCGAUGCCACAUCAUGUAUUGCAGGAACUCAACAAGACUUCAGGUUGUCCCUCUCCUAGCAUCAAGAUCACAGGCACUCAGGUAUCUGUUCGUUCGCUGGGGUCUGUCUGUGGGGAACAUGUAUCUGAUCACUGGAGAACACGGCGACACCGACCAAGAGGAGAUGCUAUCUGGCUUACACAAGACGGUGAUCCUCCGUGCAGUCACCGAGAAGGGCUCAGAAGCACUGCUGAGGAGUUCCGGAAGCUACCAUAGGACAGACGUGGUUCCGUCCGAGAGCCCCUUGGUAUCUUACACGGAUGGCGAUCUAAAAGCCGACGAGAUCAUGGGGGCUCUGAAGCAGGUCUCCAAGACUUCCAGCGGCAUGUAAAUUUGCUGGUAGGAAGGCUGGUCUCUGAUAUUAUUUUGUUGCUCAUAACUGAAAAGGCAGACUCAUUUUGACCUUUUUCUUCACUACAUUAACUUAAGAACACUAUCGCGACUGUAUAUCUUGCAGUGAAAAAAACUAGGACACUACUAAUCUCUAAAUUGUGAACAGUGAUUAAAUAAUAUUGUGCUUCUUGAA